AAAGCUGUCAGCAGUCCUGACUGCUCCUCUACAGUGUUCCUAUAUGAUGUGCCCCGAGCACACUCCAUGUGCUUGUAGAGGGGUUAGGGGGAGCUUCAUCAUUAGUCUCGGAUCUGCUCAACUGCUGCCAUAGUGCUGCAGGGUGGUAGGAGUGGCUGCUGACCUCAACUUGGCCACCAGGAGCAGAAGAGGUGUGCAGUAUCGUUCAAGGCCCACAGCAAGAAUGUCCUCAGUACUCCUUCUCUGAUUAGGUUUCUGCUAUUGCACUUCCAUGUGCUCUCAGCAGUCAGUCUCCCUCUCGUGCUGAGGUAACAAUGGGGGAUACACUUCAAAUAGAUAUGGGCAAAUGCAGGAGGAACCGAUAACGCCCUUUGAAAAAAAAGUCCUCCUCUGACUGGAUAUGGUCUUUGAGUCCUGUCAGUGCAGUAUGCUCAGGGAGGAACCUGCCCCCAGUGGCUGAAGCAGCUCCUGGGUAGCCUAUUCUACCAGUGGCCUGAUGGACAAAGACACAUUACGCUUCUGGGCUUGAAUAAUAUUGUCCACUUUUGGGCUGAAGCUAGAACAAAUCAGGAGGCAAUGGCAUAGUGGCAGUAAGUGAAAUGGACUUCAAGAGCACCCGACCAGGCUGGCUCUGGCCCGACCCUGUCUAGGUUACACUGGUGGCCAUUUUAUCUCGCGCCUCUACAACAACAACACGAGGGCGCUGCGCAGACUUCGAAAUGUGAAAUGGAAGCCCCGUAGAAAUAAGGGCGGGAUUAGCGUUUUCGUUCCGUUACCGUCAUUGGCCAACAGCAAUUACGCGCGGCGAAACAUCGCGGGGUUUAACUACAUUGUCUUUGAAACAGGCGAAUCUCUGGAAAAUGGGUGACUGAGGACCAUAAUGAAAUCCAACAAUACUUGUUUUUCAAAGGUCGUCCGAAUCUUGUGAACGAAGCUUUCGCAGUCUUUUCCAACUGAAGUAGGACACAAAGUUCUGAUCAGGAGGACAAGGGGAGGGUGGACCUGCCGCAAGAAACCAACUACGGUAGGACGGAAUCCCUCCCUCAAGAGUGUUGUCUGCAGUACGGCCUGAAGUAUGAUGUAUUGACUGCAAUUUGAAGAAACGUCUUCACAUUGAAGAGAGCUGGCUUGACCAUCCCCCUGUUGUUUGGCUGUGGGACUCUGUCAGCAGGACAGGUUCCCUUCAAAAUGAAGCUAACGGUUGUCCACAGUUGCGAAACUGCAGCUGGAAAAACGGUUUGGUGACUGAUGGUGGCAUGUCCCCUUGAGAGUCUACUCAACGCAACAUGACCCAUGAAAUGAAUACUUGUGGCCAGACUCUGUCAUCAGCCUUGGUGGCCCUGAUGGACCCUCAAGAUAUAGAAGAACAGAUGGAGGUUCCAACUGAUGCUCCUUUCAAGCAGGAAAACGAACACUCUUCUGAAAUGUAUCAGGAGGUUACUCAAACUGACUUGAAAGCUGUGUCUGGCACAGCACUGGACUCACUUCCCUUAGAAUUGAACUUUUUAAUGGACAGUGAUGGUUCAGAAAGCACUCCUACAGAGCCUAAAGCUUUAGGUGAUGCCUCCCAAGGUUUUUAUGUAGCUACAAACUCUGAGGAGCCAAAGGAGAAUUCUGUAACGCCAACCUUUCCUGAUGGUUUCUCCGACGUGAGUAGUUUCUGUGAACCAGACAACGAAGAGAUAAUGGAUUGCAGUGAGAUUUUCAAACAAGACCAAAUUGGACAAACCGAUUAUGCCCCUUACUUUAAGACCCAGAGCAACUUGGAUUGUCCAUCAGUAGUAGAGAAUGGUGUUACUGUGCAGCCACAUUUUUGUGAAGAUAGUGCAGAUUUAAUUGGAAAGCAGAAGGUGGAAAAGCAAAGUUCAACAGAAGAUCAAUACUCAAACGUUAGUAGCCCUGAGCAGGAAAGGGAGAGUAGCAUUCAUCAUGAGGAAGGGCAGAAUCAACAACAAGAUCUGGGUACUACUUCUGAGAUUGCCUCAGACAAUGUUUCUGAACCCCUGAAUUCAGAGGAUGGGGCACUUACUGCAGAUGCACAGAAUAUAAUGGGCACAGAUGCCAAAUCUUGUGAUUCUCACCAUGAAGAGACUCCUUUUGGCACCAAUUCCAGAACCUGCAUUUCUCCACCCCCGUCACAUGAGAUUCUUGAGGAAAUGCCCAUUCCUGCUACUAGUCAGUCAAGAAUGACAUCCCAGCCACCACAACGGAAGACUUUGGACUCCAUUCCUGACAGUGGCUCAGAAAGCGUAGAACGAGAUCAGAGCAGUAGGCUUGACAUGGAGGAAAGUUGUUCUAAUACACAAUCCAGCUUCAGCCCGGAAAAGACUUCCGAGAUGCCAGAUCUCCCUAUUUCUAGUGCACCACAUCAUGUCCCAUCACACGAAAUCUACGCAGGACAAGAGAUGGAACAAAAUGAGCAAAGCACCCCAGAGAGGGUUUCAGACUCUGUUAUGCAAUAUUCCCCAAACGAUGAAGCCCAAGACACACCUGCAGACCAAAUUGAUGAAACCGUUUUGCCUCAAGUUGCCACAGACCAUGAGGACAACAUAAAUGAGAAGCUAUCAAGUUGUACUGAGGGAGAUGGCAAUCGUCCCGCCAGAGGUAGACAACUGGUGGAAUCGCAAAAGAUGAAGAAGAAAUUGAAUCCUAUUGUGAUGUUGGACUACACUGAGACGACCGAUGACAAAGUUGGAAUUUACCGCUGUGCACAAUGCAGUGCUACUACAGAGACUGUAGAUCAUCUUGUUGAGCACCAUCAUCGACACACUACACACAAUUUCCAACUGUGUCAGACCUGUGGGCGGUACCUAACUUCUGUGCAACUUGCAGAACAUCACGAUUGUGACCAGGAUGAGCUGGAAAAACCCAGGAUGUUUCACAGACCCAUGCCACAGAGUGCAAGAAAAGGCACUAAAUACACCCAGCCAAAAUUGCAUCAUUGCCGUUUUUGCCCCCGCCAUUUCACAAAGUCAUUAAAUUUGAAAUGGCACGAAAUUAAACAUGAAAAGACGGAAUUUCAGUGCAACCGAUGUGAUCUAUAUUUUCCUGAGGCAGAGUCUGUAGAAAGGCACAAAUGUUACGGACCAAAAUACAAGCCCAGGACAUUGCUAAAAACCAAGAAAACGACCUCCUCUGCUCAAUAUGACAUCCCUGAAUGCUUUGUAAAGCUAGUAGAUAUCUACAAGAGAGACCAGGUUUCAUCACCAAAUAGAUGCAAAAUAUGCAAUGUGACGUUUGUACUACGUGCACAGUACAACUCUCACAUGAAGACGCACUCAAGUGCCUCAAAGCCUUUCAAGUGUGGAGAUUGUGACAGGGCAUUCAAAUAUUCGUGGAAUCUGAAUAGACACAGAAGGGAACAGUGUGGUGGAGCACCCAAAAUGUACAAGGAGGAACCAUCUACAUUCCCCCUAGACAAACAAGAGAACACCAGUGUCUCCUCGUCCCAUUCAGUGACCUCAAAGUAUCAGUGUCCAAUCUGCCCACGGUUGUUCAAAUACUCUUACGAUCUCCACAGACACAUGCGUGUGAGGUGCAUCCAAGAAUAUGUACAAAAGCAAAGGAAAAAAAAGAGCAGUGGAUCAUUCAAGUGUCCUCUCUGUGAAUCCCGCUAUACCCAUGUCCACAAUAUGAGAAGACAUUUCGUAAAUACCUGCUUUCCAGUGUAUAAACAGACAUUCCAGAAACAAAAGCAAGAAAAAGACAGAGAUCAUUUACCGGGGAAACAAAAGAAAGACAAACAGAGUGAUGAUUCAGACACCAACCAACUCUCAUUUAAUGAUGAGACAUACUAUCAAUGCAAGUUGUGCCCUGCAGUUUUUUCUCAUUCCUCUGGCCUUGUAAAGCAUGAAAAGAAACACAGGCUUUUGGCUAAGACUGGAAAGAAAGUGGGGUACAGAUACUCUAGUCCUGCUGACUUGAGACUGAAAAAUUAUUUAACAUCGGAUCCAGCAAAAUGUGGUCCUUUGUCCUGCCGAUUUUGUGGGAAACGUUUUUCAAAUUCGUUCCAGCUGAACAAACACGUGGCUCUGCACAAGGAAGACAAGCCAUACUCUUGCCAGCAAUGUGGCCAACAUUUUAAAAUGCAGGCUCACUUAAUUGCCCAUAGUAAGUCCCAUCAGAAGAGGGUACAAUGUGGUGUUUGCGACAACAUUUUCCCCAGCAUGAGUGAUUUGAUGGAUCACAGGAAAUCUCAUCAUGACAACAUGGGAAUGCUGAAGUGUCCCGAUUGUGCCCGGGAAUUCCGCUUUCCAGCGCACUUUCUGAGACACGUGCUGAUCCAUGAACGCAGGGACAAGCAGAAGGCAACAAAACGUGCUAGAAAGGAUACACCUGUGCAGAAGCAGUCCACUGGCCUCACAACUUCUGAGUUCAUGUGUUCCCUCUGUCGAAAACCUUUUGCCGAUUCACGAUCUCUGAGUAAGCACUGUUUAAGUCACUUACCAAAAAACUGGAAGAAAUGCCAGUACUGUAAAAAGGAGUACAGUAAUCGUGCAGGACUUGUACGCCACAUGCGCCUCCAUACCGGGGAAAAACCAUUUUCCUGCAAAAAAUGUGGCCAGUGCUUCUACCGUAAAGAGCCGCUCACUACUCACAUAGAUCUUUGCACAGGAGCAUUGAUUGUCCGCAAUGCGAAGGACAGUAUAAAGGCAGACCAAAAAGAGGAGAAACUUGCUGUGGGAACCGAAACAUUUAAUUGUCCUCAUUGCCCAUAUUCUUUUAUUUGGGCUAGUAGUCUGACAAAGCAUUUGAAAGGACACAAACUGAAAUUACUUUCCCCUUGCUCUAAAUGUGGUAGGUGCUACAAGAAAACGGCAUUGCCCUGGCACGAUAAGAGAUGCAAGGGAAAGGUGACCAACAAAACCAUCUUGUUCCAAUGUGGUAAAUGCGAAAGAGGUUUCAGUCGGAAGGACAACAAGAAUGUGCAUGAAAGAAAUUGCAAAGGCAUUGCUAAUGUGAAACGUCCAAACAAAACAAGACCGCAAGCCAUUAGGACGGCAAAAAAGGACAGACUACAAUUCAAAUGUCCUCAUUGUCCCAACUCUUUCAAAUGGAAAAGUUAUUUGUUGAGGCAUCUUCCUUCUCACAAGGCAGAAAAACCAUUUGCAUGCAUGUAUUGUGGCCAUAGAUAUGCAACUCAAAGCCGAUAUCUUCAACAUGAAGCCUUCUGUGAUGGAGUUUUCCGACAAAAAUCAAAAUCACCUCAAGAAGUUAAAACCGAAAACGUGGAUAACACUGGAAAUGGAAUGGCCCACUCGGAUGGGAAAGAUGGUCAGUACAAGUGUAAGUUCUGUAAUAAGAACUUCUCCAAAGCCAGGAACCUCAGGCGUCACAUUCUAACCCACACAGAUGUGAACCCCUACCGCUGUAAGACAUGUGAUGGUUCUUUUUCCCGAUACGAUCAUCUUAAAGUACAUCAAAACCGCUGUAGGGGGAAAAAGCUAAUGCUUGAAGUUCGUGUGCCCAAGAUUAGUUCAAAUCAUGAAGGAACUGGCUGGCAAAACCAGAAAAACAAACAAAAGGAAGCUUUUCAGUGCAAAAUCUGCUUCAAGGAGUUCUCUUCUGGAAAAAGUCUGGAUUGUCAUACUAGCAUGAAGCAUGUCUCACAAUCUCGCAAACCAUUUAUGUGUCAACGCUGUGGAACAAGAUUUUCCAGUACAGAAUCACUGCGAAGACACCUGAGGUUGGUGAAAUGUAAACGAAGAGUGACUCCAGGAGGUACAGUAAAGCCUGCAAAGGCUACUGAAAAGCAGUGUAGGGAGACGGCAAAACUUUUGCAGAGAAUACAAGGCCAUUAUUCAGAGACACUAAGAUUUCAAUGUGCUUAUUGCCCCAGAAGAUUUAAGAGUGGAGCACAAGCACAAGUGCACACCCGUCUUCACACUGGCGAGAAGCCCUUCGGUUGUGAAAAUUGUGGCGAGCGUUUCAUUCGGCGUGACUACUUGCAGAGACACUUGGCCAAAUGCACACCACCUGGAGAAGAGCCUAAAAGGACGCUCUGUGACAAAUGUGGAGAGUGGCUUCCACUUGAAGAAUUGCAAAGCCACAAAACCCAUUGUGUCGUCAGGGUCGACAAAGAAAAGAACACAGUGACAAAGUCUAGUUCCCCUCCGAAAAUCAAAGCAUUUUCAUGUACAAAUUGCGAUGAAAAAUUUCUGCUAUUCUCACAGCUCCAACAGCAUUUCCUUAAUGCACAUAGAGAGGACACACAGCAGAACCCAACAUCUGAUUUAGAAGAAAAAAUGGACGUUAAAGAAGAGCUCGCUGUAAUGUACACUGCAAGCCCUGUAGAGAGUGAUGAUACAGAUAACAGAAUUGAGCAAAAGCCAUACAGUUGUCCACACUGCCCCAUGCGCUUUAUUAACAACAGUGGACUGGGAAUGCAUAUGCGCACACAUACAAUGACAUACCCCUUUUACUGUCGAAAGUGCAACAAAGGCUUCUGGAGUAAGGCUGUGCAGUUAAAGCAUAUGAGAAAAUGUGAAAAAUCAAGUCCUGCAAAAAUGGUCACACAAAACAGUCCUACAAAAAGUCCUAAAACGACUUCAACAUCCCCUGAAUCCACAAAGAGUGUGUCCGGAGAAAAAAGUGCAGUCCUGGUCUUUAACAAAGGCUCAAGUACAACCGGAACGGGAGUUCUGCAGACGGAGUUCUCAACCAAGGGGGGCAGCAGAAAAGCGCCAAGAAAACAGGAGAUUGCAAACAAAUAUCAAUGCUCAGAAUGUGACCAAUGCUUCACAGAUGGACUUAUGCUCAUUAGUCAUCUUGAGAAUCACGGCCGAGAAGAGAUCCUUAAGAAAAAAUCCUGCGAUCUCUGUGGCAAGUCAUUUGUAAAACCAAGUGCACUUACGAAGCACAUGAGAGACCAUCAUGGCAAGAAACCUCCUAAUACUUGUCAGAUAUGCUCAAAAGUCUUCCGUUUUGCAUCUGAUUUGGAAACACACAAAUGGUGCCACGAUCCCAGUCGACCUUUCUGCUGCUCUGUUUGUGAGUGGAGAUACCCUACUCAAAAGGCCCUUAAUCACCAUAUGUCACUGUCCCAUCCAAUAACAUACACAUGUCACAAAUGCAACAUAACGUACACAACCAAAAAAGUAUUCCUUAGGCAUAAAAGAACAAAGCAUGGCUCUGACUCCAUUUCUGACGAUGAACGGGAAAGGGGUGCCACUUCAGGCAAAACUUCAGGUAAAACUAAUGUUGAUGAUGGAAAUGACACUAGUGACACCAGUAUUAAUUCGUCAAGUGACGAUGAUUCAGACUCUGCCCCGUAUUUCCCUUGUCACGUAUGUGGCAAAACCUUCUCAACAUGUGAGAGCCUGGAGGAUCAUCAGCGCUGUCACCUGGGCGAGAAACCAUUUGAAUGUGAAGAAUGUGGAAAAUGCUUUGUCCAGCUCAGUAAUCUGCAACAUCAUCAGCGCAGUCACAAAUCCGAAUUCAAGUGUCAAAUUUGUGGACGAGGAUUUGUCUCCCUCUUUGCCCUGAAAAGGCAUAAACACACGGAAGGAAAGAGCCGUCCCCAUCGUUGCUCAAAGUGCAAUUUGUGCUUCACUGGACCCACACAGCUUGCCGAACACAUGGCAACCCACCGUGACGAACACUUUCCCUGUGAUCUCUGUGACCGCACAUUCUCAUGUAAAACCAGCCGAGCUGAACACCGUAAAACUCACAGUGAACAGGAGGAGGAGGAUCCCCCAUUGGUUCCACCAUCAGUGACCCCACCUGUGAUAUCACCCCCUUCCUUAUCCUCCGAGCAUACAGGUGGCUUAACAUAUCACUGUGGAGUUUGCGGAAUGUGCUUCCAUGUGCCAGAGGAACUCAAAGAGCAUGGCUGUAAACCUGCACCGGAGCGUCCAUAUGCCUGUCAAGAGUGCGACAAGCACUUUUUGUGCGGACCCCAUCUGAAGAAGCAUCAGCUUACUCACCAGCUGCCCGGUGCACCCCGCUACCAGUGCAAUCAGUGCCACAUGAACUUCACUUAUCGUCAUCACUUCCUGAGCCAUCUAAGAACCCAUGGUACAGAGCAUGAACUGGGAGAUGCCCCCUCCAGCAGAAACAAGCCUCCGACAGAGAGCCGGGAUCCUGUAAACAUCUACCAGUGCCCCAUAUGCCCCAAAAGCUAUGCACAGGCCAUGGAGCUGGCUGAUCACCUGACAAUACAUUCCUUCAUGUGUAAAGUUUGCAACAUGUCUUUUGCAUCAAAGGCGAAAUUGGCAGAGCAUGAACAAGGUCAUCUAACAGCCACUACACAGUACGAGUGUACAGAGUGCGGGGGAAGUUUCUUGGGCAGUGACGCCUUCAGGCAGCACCAGUGUGCUCAGCGUCAGCGCUCAGUCACAGAGAAGAGGUCAGAGUCAAAAUUGCCAUCGCCAAAAUCCCUCAAGCAUUCCUCAAAGUCGUCAAGGGUGCAUGAAGAGGAGGAGGAGGAGGAGGUUGACGUCGGAGAGGACUUUUACAACUGUAGCGUUUGCAAGAAGCGCUUCUCUUCACAAGCAGAUCUUGGGGAACAUCACAAGACUAAUCCAGACUGCCGGCCCUACAAAUGCCAGUUUUGUGGAAAGGGCUUCGCUAAAAGGCGCUACCUCCUCAAGCAUGAGGCAGUACACAAGAGGUCCUUCAGUUGUCAUCUUUGUCCCCAGUCCUUUGAUGAUGAAGGUGCCCUGGCAGCUCACCUAGAAUCUCACACUCGAGAGUUUCAGUGCUCUGUCUGUCCCAAGAACUUCACUACAGCUCAGGACCUGUCUAGACACGAGAAGAAGCACGCUGAAGAGCAAGGCGGGGCUCACCGUUGUGACAUGUGCUACAAAUCCUUUGGCCAUCUCUCACUUCUUAGGAAGCAUCAAGAAACUCAUGUGGGCGAAGUUGUCUACGAAUGCACAGAAUGUGACAAGGCCUUUGCCUUCUUCCACCUCUUGGAGGAGCAUCAACUUACUCAUGCAGCUUCUUCCACUCUUUAAUGUCCAGGCCUUGACCAAAUGUAAAAAGCAAGCAUUCAAAGGAAGGGGAAAAUGCCCAUCUAUCCAACAAAGUAGUAGCGAAGUGACUGGCCAAAUGAAUCUGCUCUUAUGACAUGUUCAUGUGAAUCAGUUCAAAGUUGAGAUGUUCCUAUGCCUUUCUUGUUCAUAUUCAGUGGUGGCGGGUUGCUCUACUUCUAAUUGUACACGCAGCUGGUUAGUGAUUACUACACAAGCUUGUCAAUAUCUUAAUGUAUAUAGACAUGUUUGUUUUGGAUUAUACUUUCAUAUGUCCAUUUGCACAGUGCAGAGUUGGAUGAGUAAUUACUUUUUUACAUGUGAAAUAGACUUUUAUAUGCCUCAUUAUCUUGUAAACACAUACUGUAACAUGUAUUGAUACUUCUGUUUAUAGUCGCAACUGUGGGAUUCACCAAUUGGACUUUUUAACGUUUAUUGUAGUCUCUGAAUUAUUAUACCUGUCCUUUUUGCCCAAUGUCCAUUACAAGACAAAAAUGUUGAGGUUUAACAUUUCAGUGAGAAUUGAGGUGUAUGUAGUUUUUUUGUUUUUCUUUCCCUCAAACUUUUUAUUCUCUCUGACAAUGUCUUGUGAUGAUGCUACCAUUGAACAAUUAGGCACUUGCGUAUUUGAUGUGACCAUACAAUGUGGACUCUAAUAUGGAGACUUCAUGAUUCAUGAUUGCAUUAUUUUCUUUUGUUAUGAAUAGGCUUCUAUUGGCCUGAUUUUACAUUUUGCUUCUUUUGUAUAACUUGGGACAUUGGUUGAAGGAAAUAAAACGAAUACCGUUUUAUGUAA